UAACUUGGCACAGCUCGAACUGGGACAAAUGAAGUUCAUUUUCCACAGCUGUUGGUGAUGGCGGAUGUUGUCGAUAAAGACACCAUGAAGAAUUACCACAUAGCAUCUGAGAAAAUAAACCCAGAGACCAGUCGCUACCCGUACUGUAUUGUGUGGACACCUAUCCCCGUGUUAUCGUGAGUUAUAAUUGACUGUUGACUGCACGCGCGGGUUCUGAUUGCAGGGCUCGAGGCACGAGACGAAGUGACAGCUUCAUUAGCUUAGCUUACAGUUAGCUAGAACACAAACAAUAACAUCCUGUUGCUGCUUGUUUGGACCUGUUGUCUAAAAGUGGUCCGGCUAUUUUACUGUGGGGCACAGAUACCAAAUCAGAAUGUAACGAGUGUCAUUUCUUAGAUGGAUUUGUUUCUGUGCAUAACUAAUAACCUGCCGAGACCCUGAAUAACUUCAGCUUGAGAAAUUCAAUGGUCUCCAUUCAUGAUGACACUGAAGCUUAUAGGAUCUGAAAAUAUGUCAUCAAGGAAAACUGAGAAACUGAUUCUGUUUAGACUGUUGCUACUUUAUACUAUACAAUGUUUAAUGUGUCUCAUUUCCACUCAUGCUUAAAGGGAUAUUCCGUAAAAUUAAUGUAGGGUCAAACACACCAUAACACCGAGUUAGACACCCCCUCGAGAGAUGAAUGUUGCCGACCGCUUGCUUCUCUAGUUAUACCAACUUUAGUAGCGACUGUAGAUUGCAAUACAGAGAGCUACUUGCUCAACCAAAAAGCCACUCUAUUGCCACAAAUAAAGCCCAGAACAGCACCUAACUUCAUCAACAGUACAUAUAGGGUCCUAGCCAUAGCACAAGCAACCAAACAUCUUUUUAACUUUGCUUAAUUUCUUUGGCAAAGAGACUAAACACAACUCACCUGCUCUCUUCCAGCAGCCGCUUGUUUGUAGCGGUCGGCAACAUUCAUCUCUCGAGGGGGUGUCUAACUCGGUGUUAUGGUGUGUUUGACCCUACAUUAAUUUUACGCUGGAAUAUCCCUUUAAGGCCAAACUCUGCUGCUGCAACAGCUCCAACUUUUACUGGAAAUGUUGGAAACAGUGGUGGGGAAAGUGCUAACAUACUCUGCUUCAGCAAAAGUUCUCAUGUCAGCCUGCAGAAGUAGAUGUAAAACUAUCAGUCUGUUAAUCUACUGAGUUAAGAGUGACAAGCAUUUUUUUUGAGAUGUGCUUAGAGUACUGAUCUCUUUUGCAAGAGAGACCUGGCCAAGAAUUGCAGCGCAUACAGUUUAAAUACAUAAUCACAUUAAUCAUAUAGAAUAUUAUAUUACUUAUUGUACGAUAACAAACUAAGUAAACUAAGUAAUUUUGACUCUGCAUCUAUCCAGGGUGAAGUUCGUGAAUGUUUUUUUCAGCUCUGUUUGUCCGUUGUACGCUUUGUAGAUCCCUCUGAAGUCAUAGCUUCCUGUGCCAAGAUGCUUGUCAUUACUGGCCAAAACGAAAGAUUUCAUUGAUUGAAAUGAGUAAGAAUGGCCGCCAAUGCAGCAAACGAAACUCUCGGUUUAAAUUUCUUGAAAGAAGAUUUAAUAACUAUAUGAAGAAACUUAGUGAAAAACAUUGGGCUUGAAAUAUCUUGAGACAAGAUUCAUGUUUGGACCUUUCAGGUCAAUGAAGCUUGAAUUAAGUGUAACAAGAUACUUUUACCAGAAUUGAGACAAAGUCACUCAGUAUGAUUAGGUUGUUUUUUUUUCAGUGGAGACAUAAUCAAGUCAGCCAGCUCUUAGCAGUUGAUUGAAAGCUUGUUUGUUUUUAGCAUAUUUUACUUGCAUACUGUUGCUAUGUAAAUGUAAUGAAGUAUAGCACUCUCUUGAAACAAUUAAAGGGAAAAUGAACAUGCUGAUUAAAAAAAGAAAAACUUGACAAAAAAAGAACUAGCAGUUACUAGUUAACAUGACUUGAAUAAAUGUAAUUUGUUACUUCAUCUCUGGCCUAUUUCUAAAUCUGCAUCAGACAAAAGUGUAAAUGUGUGUCUGUGUAUGAGUGAUUCUGCUGGUGGGAGCUUGAAGCUUGAAGCUCUUCAAUAUGUUGUUUGAGCUUCCAAAUUAGAGUAAUGUUUUACAACAAGUUAAUUAAAUUCUGUUUGAUGCUGUAAAAUUAUGCAACGUGUAUAAUACUUUUAAUCAAUGUUCAUUGAUAUGAGGAUGCCUUUCUACUUCAUGCAAAUUUAGUGAGAAAAUUAGCUCAGAAAUGCAUUAUACAUCAAGUAGCUGAUUUGCUGCUCAGAGCUCACUCAGGUGCCUGGCAAAGGAGAGCAAGCUUUGGGGUUCAACGAGAGGGCAUGAUUGAUUAAAGAAUUGAAACCUCGCCAACAUUAAGACAGCCCGCCUCACCAGCAAAGAUGCCAGUGUAGGUCUGUGUGCAGCCAGGACUUUGAAAGCUGUAACAGUAAUUUUGUUCAUAGCCUAUAUAUACAACUCAGUGUACAUUCAUAGAUAUCGCUGAUGUUACAAUUUAUAGUUGAAACUAUAAAGCUGGAAGUUGACCAUCUGAGUUUGCUUACUAGGUGACAGAAACAUUAAUUGUCGUGUGUGCAGCUGUUCUGCUAUGUGGGGCUCAGCUUCUUCCACAAGCCUCUGUCAUGUGUGGACCCUAUCCAAAAAGAUGUUAUGUCCACAUAUAUUUGUUCAUGUGCUUAACUUACACUGUCAUGCAAACUCUGCAUUUUCUAUUUAUUUUUGCCCAGAUGGCUGUUUCCAUUCAUUGGCCAUAUGGGAAUCUGUACCUCCACUGGUGUCAUCCGGGACUUUGCUGGACCCUACUUUGUCUCAGUGAGUAAUGACCAUGUGGCUGAAAUGUUUGCAUUGGCCCAAUUCAAGAUGACACUGGAGCUAUAAGGUGAAAUGAAGAAUAAAGCACAGGCUCUGUGGUUAAUAAUGAAGGUCAAGCUUGUGAUCAUUUUAAGUUUAUUGUACUCAUCAGUUUGCCAUCAUGAAACCGAGGAAGGCAGUAUACAGGACUGGACUCUACUGGGAGAAAAAUCAUUGUGCAUCUACCCCUGUCUGUUUCCAGAGUUGGUACGGCCUUGACACUUUUGCACAGGCUCUCCAAAUUUCUGGAGUUAAAAAUAGCUGAACUAAAUAAACAGCGAGGGGAACCUUAAAACUUAACAAAUCCCUGAAACAACGAUAAUGAAGAAAAAAGGAGGAUUUUGAGUCACUUUAGGGUUUACUGCAGAUUUUCACAACCUUGAAGGUGAUUUACUUCUUACAUUUUUAGAUCUUAUGAUGACUUGUGCUGAACUUUUUCCCUGAUCUGGAGCAUGUUAUGUCCAGGAUAGAGCCGUUUGUUGACUGUGUGAUUUUAUGUAUGGAAAAUAUUACUAGCAGGUUGCUUUUCUGGCAUCAGACUUCAGCAGCAUCUAUGUAUAUCUUCAGAUGUGAGAUAUAUUGGAUCAUAUCACUUCUCUUUGAAUGAUACUGUCAUAAUAAUUCUUAUCAUCUCCCUUUGAUACUGCCAGGACUGCAACUGAAAUAUGAUGUCUAAAACCUCCGUAAAAGCUGCAAGAUUAAAGCAGAGCAGUGCACAUCUGUUUCUGGGAAUUCUAGUCAGAUCUAACAGGCACUAAUAAUGGGAGAAUGGUGCUGCAAGUCACUCACUUUUUGCAUCUUGUUCAUUUCUGACAGUUUUUCCUUCUUUUUGCAAAUGCAGCUGUCUUACUUUCAGUCUGAAUUAUGUGUUUAGGUUCUUCAUAUAUUCCUCAAAUAGUUUGCUCUGAGUUUGUAAAAUAUAAUGAGUUUUUAUUGGCAGACGUGUUCAUGUUUGUGAUUAGUCAGCUGUUGUGUACACCAGCCCAUACAUGUGGAUGCUUUCACAGUUCCCCUUUGAGAGAAUCCUGAGGUAUGUUGGACCCGUGAAGUGUAACCUUCUCGUGUUGUUUUGUUAUUGUAGCUGUUGAAGUUGCUCUUUGUUGAACACUUGGAGCUAUGUGAUUAAAUCUAUAGUAAUUACCCCGUUUUGAACAGAUAACAGAUCUUGAGGCAGGUAAAGUAGUUCAGUUCUGGAGAUUUUUGAACAGAGGAUUAAAUGGUUGCCCAGCAACAGAGAAGUUGCACCUUUUCCUUGCUGUCCAGUUCAGUGCAGUGGUGCUAACCUGAGGUUCUCUUUUAGAGCCAAGCAAUGAAACAAUUUCAGAAAGGAGAACUAUUUUACUGAUUGGGGUUGUACUACAUACAUGUAGUUUUUACUAUGUUUGAUGUCCAUGUGAACAUAUGCAGAGUUUCAGUGCUCCACUUUUCUUCCUCUUAGUCAUUAUGUCCUGGUUAGUUUCUCAUCAGUGUUCUUUAGGUUGUGAAGGAGCUAUUUGCUCCUUCUGGAGUCAAAGAAUUUAGAAAAUAGUGGAAACUUCGUAUGUUUUUGAUACUAAAGCCUUGGGCUGUCAGAUCCAUGAAGUGAUAAUGAAACAGCAGGUAAUUUCACAAUAGCUUACCUCAAGAUAUAUAGGAGAUCUGAUGUGGGCUUAAAGUUUGGUUUGUUUCAUGACUUGAGAUGAAAAUGUGGAUCUUUUUAGCAGAACUACUCUAUAGGUGUCUCAGACCGACAUGUUCAUAACAGCUGUUAAUAACACUCAUGUAUAUAUCUUUUUUUUUUUUAACUUUAAGUUUCUUCAUCCUUUAAUUUAUCUCUUUAACUGUAAUUUGGAAUUCCCCCUAUAGGACUAAUAGAGGAAUAUCUUAUAAUGCAAGAGAAAAUGAGCACAAUAGGUGUCCUUUAAAAUAUGUUAUUUAAGGUAUAAUUCCUGAUUAAAACUGUGGGAUAUCAUGACAUUUUUGCUCGUCUGACAAAACAACAGUUACCCAUUAAGAUAAGUGCAUUUUUAAAAGGUGAAAAGGAACUCAUUCUGCAAGCCUCACUGUCCGAAAUCCAAACGACAUGACACAAACAGUGCUGUCACAUGUGGUGCCGCUCAGCUGUUUUGAUUUCGACCCAUUUGGUUACACAUAAACAAACUGAUGGCGAACAAAGACAAACAGGAUGUAGAGCACAUUUCCUAAAUUCCUGAUGCUCACCAUCCAAACUUUCCAGUUUCUGAUUACCAAAAAAAAAAAAAAAGACCAAAAAUAUGUCAGUGAAGACGUGACUUUCUAUCAUGUCGUGAAAGUUUUUUUUUUACAAUUUUUUCAAAGUGCUGGUUCUGUUUUAAACUAAUGAUGAGAUCUAAUGGUAGGGGGUUGUUGUGCUUUCAUGCUGUGAAAAAUGAUCGUUUUAUCUGUUUUGCUGUAAUGAAUACACAUGAACAUUUAUCUGUUUUUGCAGGAAGACAACAUGGCUUUUGGGAGACCGACAAAGUAAGCACAUUGAAUAUUUUUUAGGUCUUGUGGCAGCAUUGUUAAUAUUUUUUGAAACCUACUGUAACAGAGAUGUGUUUCUCUCCCUUUAUCGUCCAUAACAGUCCAGUUUGUUUUCCUCUCUGCCUGUAGGUACUGGAUGCUCGAUGUCGGCAAAGUCUAUGCUAGCGGCUCUAAUGCCUGGGACACAGCCGUACAUGACGCCUCAGAGGAGUAUAAGCACAGGAUGGUAAUAAUCACACUUGUAAACAGUUUUUUCAAUUCCUUUGUUAAAGUUGAAAACACCACUCAUGAUGUGUGUACUUGUUUUCUUUGUAGCACAACCUCUGCUGCGACAACUGUCACUCUCACGUCGCCAUGGCGCUGAAUCUGAUGCGAUACGAAAACAGCACCUCGUGGAACAUGGUCAAACUUUGCCUUCUUGCUCUAAUCCACGGGAAACAUGUCAGGUAAGAUGGCCAUCAAGUGUCUGAUAGAAGUAAAAAACGUCAGAAAUGCUGUUAAGGGUUGUGUUAAAUAAACUGUAAAGCUUCCUUGACUGGUUGUGUCAGUCACUUAAUCUUAUCCCAACUGAACAGAUGGUUCACCGGUUGAAACCCCAAAACAAUCAGGACCAGUGCAUCACCAUAUAAACCUGCUCAUGUCUUUUUUGACAGCCAAAUCCAUCAGGCUCGACUAUUGCCCCGUCUGUAAUCUGCUGCAGCUUUCCUCAAAGCCUUCAUAAGAAGUAGAGCUGCAACUUUUGUGGGGGGUAUCUCAGUGGGAUCUAGAGGACAUAGACACAAUUUUACUGACAUGCCUUUUACAGAGAUGAUUCUUCCAUCCAGUAGAUCUUUAGAUUUGGAAAGUGCAGAGUUUAUAAAGUAUCUAAAAUUGCUGCAUUUGCCUCCCUCCCAGACAUACUAACUGUAACAAUACAAAGUGGAGUUUCUCAGCCCUCAACCUUAGUCAGGCAGUUGGUUUGCGAGAGAGGUGUGUUUUCUUGGACAGGAACAGACUGCAGACCUGCAACCUACAGAUAUCAUUAUAUCAGAUAUAAAUAAAUGAAUUGCUAAAAUAAUAAAAAAUCAAGACCAGAUUCCUGACUAGUCUAAGGUACAGACAGAGUACUUAAGGCUUCAAAAGACUGAAUCACAAUCAUAAAAAAGCAAAGUUAGGGGCGCUGGUAAAGCUAAAUGAGGUCUUUGGAGAAAUACUGACUGACUUACCUUUGGUUAUACAAGUAUAUCCUGCUCUCUAUCUUUAAAUAAGUUUUUGUUCACAGCAGACAUAAAUCUGCUGAGCUUGCUCCCCCAUAGUUGUACUCUCCUCAAACACACACACACACACACACACACACACACACACACACACACACACACACACACACACACACACACACACACACACACACACAAACAGAUGUACACACACUCUAUGCCAACACCUUUUACCUGGUGGCCUCUAUCACCCUGACACUACUUUGUGUCUGCUCUGUUUACAAUAGGGGUGUCCCGAUACAACUUUUUGACUUCCGAUAAGAUACCAAUAUUGUAGCCUUCAAUAUUGACCAAUACCGAUAUUGAUCCGAUAUUGGCACAAAAUUGUGCAUGACAAGUUUUUCACUCAGCUGCAAUGUCUUUUUUGGACUUAAACAAAAAAUACUGCCACAAGGCCAACAUCACUCGUACUCCUUGCUACUUUGUUAGUGCUUUAGUACACACUGUUGUUGUGAUUUUGUGGGCUCAGCUUGCUGGAUCAGGGCGCUGCUAGCUAGAGGUGCCGGAACGGAGUCUGGAAUGGACUGCUGGUAUCAGAGUGCUGAUAUCUGAGAUUUUAGAUGCAGGCUGCUAUAAUCCAACAUUUUUUUUUUUUUGCUGAUAUAGGACCAAUAUCCAAUAUUAAUAUCGUAUCGGUACACCCCUAGUCGACAAUAUUCAUUUUCAGUUCAUUUCAUAGAGUCACCAUGACAACAUAACUUGUUUUGAAUGGUUUCAGUCAUGAUUUUAGCAUGAUAGCAGAUGAUCCACAUGUUCAUGAGGUUUGUUGUUGAUCAUAAAGUGUGUCCCAGUGACCCCAGCUUAAGGCUGAGUGGAAUAAGUAUACAGAUAUCUUUGAACGCUGAUUUUUUUUCAACCUGAGCAUGAUAUUUUAUUUGCCCCUGUAAUAAACUAUAGACUGUUAAUAUAUAUUAUAUUAUAUUAAUAUUCUGUUUUCUUGUUUCCCUUCAGCUGUGCAGGCUUUCUGAAGACCUGGCUGCCUUUCCUGAUGUUAAUGGGCAUAAUCCUCACGGUGGCCCUGGCCCUCAACCUGCGAUGACCUGGGAAGCAGGUGUAGGACGCCGUGGAACCCCUUUCAGGUUGGAUGAGGGGUUGACCAAUGAGAGAGAGUGAUAAGUGAAAGUGAUCAAGGAGAUAAAGACUUUUCGCCUCCAGGAGAUCGUUAAAUAGGAAUGUCCAACACAUGUGUACAGAUGUGUGUUUGGUUUGUUGGGCGCAGACAGCCUGUUACCCUGGUGGCAGAAAUUGAUUUACACCUGACUGUUUAAUUCAGGAGAAUUAACUAAACACACCACCACCUCCACAAGAAUCAGAACCAAACAAACACUUUCAGUGGAUUUAGAUUUUUUGAAAAGCCUAACAGCAGGUUAAAGCCAACACCACUUGAAAAGAGUACAAGUUGUGUAGCUGUAUUAAUAGUUGAAAACAGGAACAAACUGUUCAUUGUUGAAUAAUCGAAGGGGGAACACAUCCAUGCCUUGCUUUCAUAUUUUGAUGACCUUUGUAACAGAUUGGGGGGAGUAAUCCCACAUCACCGUGCUUCCAGAAUGCCAUUUUAUACCAUGGAGCACAAACAUAUCUUAUUAAUUUGAUGCCUUUCUAGGAAAAUAAUUAAUGCAUUUCAUGCUUGAUCUGUAAUGUAGCUCUACUACAGUACUGUAACCUGAAUAUGCCAGAGCAAUUUGUAUUUUUGAGCAUUUUCUUACAUGUACUCAGUCAUACUCAGUAGGAUUUCAAAAGAUUUGCAUCUUCUUAAAAGAAAAAACAAAUAUUUUCUCAGAUUUGUAUUUUACAUACAUAACACAUGUCACCUCAUGGCACUCCACAAUAGGUUUACAAAUCUGUUUUUAUGCCUUCAACAGAAGAACAUCAGUUCAUUGAUUGUAGCAACCUCAGUGAAUGUGGCUUUGUAGGAGAUGCCUAUAAGAACAGCAGGGCUGUAUCGAACUCUGAAUAUUUUGUCACUUCAAUCAAACUUCUCUUGGAUGAAGAAUGAGCCUAAAGCCUGGUUUAUACUUCUGUAAUGACUCCACACUGUGUCUACACUGUUGUGGCAUAAUUGUAUAUGGGUGAAUUAGGCAUUUAAGUGGCCAUGCGGCUCUGCAAUACUAAGAAUAAAAACUAGUCAGCAGAGCAAUAUAUAAAUAACAUUAUGCAUGUCAUUUCCCCAGUUCCCAUGUCCGCUAAAUCUCUCCUCAUGCACAGGAAACCACGGCAACUAAAGCCAUGUGCGUCACGCUGGUGUUGGAGAUGAUAAAUGUUGGGCAGCAGUUGAUCGUGCAGCAAUAUUUACAAAAAAAUAAAUAAAAGAAAGGAGACUUUAGAGGAGAUCGAUUUGACAUCUGCUCAAUCAGUAUACGCAGCGAUACCAAAAAUCUUGUCAAAAUGCAGGAAAUUAUGAUGCUACCUAAUGGACUGUGCUUUGGGUUACUGCAAUGCAUGGCUACAUUUCUGAGGAGAUGCACGUCACACUCUGGUGUCCAGGUUGGGCUACAUGAACCUAAAAGCAUAAACUACGGCAUAGUUUUGAGGCAAAAGUAUAAAUCAGGCUCAAGCAGCUGACCAAAUAAGAAAACUACAGUUUCUAACAUUAAACUGCAUUAUUAGUUAAGAUUUAAGUUUUUAUGACCCAAUCUGUUGGUUUUAUGAAGGUACAAGGUAGAGGAACACUAACAUUAUACUUCUUUGGUUGCUGUAUUAGUGCCAAAUGUAGGAGAAUUGAGACCAACUCAAACUGUGUCCUUCAAUGUCUUUGUUUUUUUGCAACAGGUGGUAUAAGCCUGUCAUAGUUCUGAAUCCUUACCUGAGAAAAGUUCUGAAAACUAAUUUUGAGUUCAAAGAGAGAAGCAAGAGUUAGUGCCUAAAAUGACCUCUCACAUAGAUCUCCUAUUCAUUAUAUUUCAUGUCUUGUGUUAGUUUUGAAACCUUAACCCUUCACGAUGGUUGGCGCUCGAAAUCAGUUGCCAUGGCUAUCGUGAGUUAAUUCAAAUCCCUUCAUUGUUUGCAGUCAAAUAGAAAAAAAAAUGUUGAGCCCUUCUUUGUCCGUGUCGCUGCCAGAAGCAGCAGGUAGCCAGGAUCCUCAGGUUUUUCACUCUCACCAACCCCUCUAAAUAUCCCCAGCUUUACCCAGAGCCCUUGCAGCAUCAUUCCUGCAGGUUUUCCACCUCUGCAGAGCAGAUUCAGAGGUCAAUGAGAAAUGUAUCACAAGGUUUGAUUAUACGCUGACCAAUAAUCCAAAGUCAAGGUCGUUGGAGUAUGAGCUCAUGAAUAAAUAUGAAUCUGUUUACUUGUUGUUUGGAGGGUUAUAACAGUGCCAGUUUUCUAGACUCUCUCUCCUCUUUGAACUUGUGUUUAAAGCAGACACACUGUGGCCUCUUGUGCGUAUCUCACCCAUGUUGCCUGUAAAUAUUUGAACACACAUUACAAUGUACACCAGGUGCUCUUUACAUACUUUGCAGACUUGAUGCACACUCGACAGAUUUUUCCUUUGAAUUAUUUACUGUCUCGUUUUUGUUCUUUGUGUUCUUUAUGAGAUUUCUGCUCUGCAGUGAAGCAGACUUGUGCCUGAAUAAGUGUGUGUGAUUGUGAGUGUUUCUGUCUGUGUGCUAGUCAUGCACACAGACAGUAAAGAGAGAGAACGAGCAUGUGAUCGCAUGCCAGCUAUUAAAUACUGCAUGCAUGCAAGAAUGAGAGCGUUAAAGAGAGACGUUUGAUUCAUACUGUGGCUUCUUCUUUAUUAAUAAUCAGCUGUAUUUCACUGCAGCCAACUGCCUACUGACUAAUUUCUAUAUUUAUUAUUGUAUCACUUUCUCUUAAUCUCAAGAUGUAUGUGAUUUCUGGUAAACCUUGAGAGAAUAAAUAAUAAAUUAGACCACAAUAGGCCUGUUUAGGUUGAUUUAAUGCAAUAGUCUGCUGUGUCGUGUGUAGAGUAGAGCUGCAGUCAUUUUCUCAGAGCAUUCAGACCAAAAAAAGAGAAGCAUAUAACUUUUAGUUUAAACUAUACGGUUCACAUAAAAAUAUAGUUUGGGAAAUUUUAAAAACAUUCCUCUGUGGCUGUUUUUUAAAGAGGAAAUCACCUUUUUAUACAACCUAGAUAUCAAAACAGAUGAGAUGCUGUGUAAAAUGUUGAUGAAACUAAAUUUGGUGGUUCACAGAUCGUUUAAAAAUGUUUGAGAAAAUGAAUGAAAUGUUGAAAAAAAGUUUUGUACAGAGCUUCUGAUUUUGUGUCACAUGGACUUACUGUGUUAGAAGAGUGUAUAAACUUAUCAAUAUAAUAAGCAGAGAUUUAACACUGUAAACAGCUGGAUGAGCAUAAGUUCAGUAGUUUCAGGGGAAAAAAAGCUCCUCAUCAUCAACUUGUUAAGAAUUCUGGGAUCUUACCAUCUACAGUAUGGAAACAGGGUCUUUGUAAAUCCUUCCCACAGAGAUCCUUCUCUGAGGAUGUUUUUCUUCCUACACGUCUUUAUGGGUUGGAGAGAUGCCAUGAAACUUAUAAAACUUAAACUUUACUUAAAAAAUAUACCACCAUGUGAUUCCGUGAACACAAUGCUCAUGCUUAUGCUGCCAUAUUCCAGUAUUUAUAGCCCUCUGAGGAAGACACGGAGGUUGAUCUGACCACAACAGUGUCUGAAGAUGGCUAGCAUGUGUAGGUUGCAAAAUUAAGGUCUCAUUUCUAAGUAUCGGGAUAUUGUUAACUAAGAUAAAAGAACAGAGUCAAUCCAAAGAAAGAAAAAAGUGGCAGUGUGUUUUUCUAUUUCCCAUGAGCACCAUUACCAGUAGGACUGGGACGAUAUUCUUUUCUCCCGAUUCGAGUCUUCUACGAUUUUUUGGAUGCUGAUUUGAUUGUGAUUUUACGACAUUGUCGAUUUUCUCGAUCUUUAGCCUGCAUUUUUAACACCAGUGAAACAGUUGAAUGAUUAUAAUUGUCUACUGACUAUUCCAGGAACCCAAUUUCCCCAAAAGAUACACAUCACGUGUAAGUCAGUUUUAAGAUUUAUUAGAUUUAUUCUUAAAUUAAAAAAAAAAAAAAACUUAUAAAAAAAAAACGAUUUCUGAACAUAAAAUUUGAUUUAAAAAUUGUAAAACAAAAAUCACGAUACUUAUGUGAAUUGAAUUUUUCUCUUACCUCUAAUCAUCAGUCGUCAAAAAUGUGGGUUGAGAGGAAAUAAAUGCGAUAAAGACCUUCUUACUGUUACUGUGAGACAACUUCUACGGGAUGCAGUGCUAUGGUAAUGUGCUGAUUUGUGGAUACAUGAAAUGAACUGUAAAGUAGAUAACAAAACUCAAUAAUUGAUGAUUAAAAUAAAUGAUUUAUUACCUUGAAUUACCUUACAAAAGGUUACCAGAUGUAUUGGUGUAACAUUAUGCCUGAAUAAGGGUUCAUCAUCAGUCUUCUAAGAGCAAUUACACAUUCUCAAACCAGUAUAAUCAUUUAAUUUUGUUCCUGACCAUUUUGCUCUUAUACCUGGCAAAGAAUAUCAACAUCUGAAACAACACUUCCAAAGAAAGCAUGUCUUUUUGUUCAUCUUGCUCCGCUAUCAGCCACAAGUACAACAUGAUAAGUAGAAAGAAAUUAUCUAAUUUAAAUAAAUGGCCUUCUCACUGACUUUAUCCUUACUGCCAAACUUUACCAGAUGGAUUCAAAACACAGACACUUCAGUACGAGUGCCAAAUAUUGACCCUGUUUCUUUUCACGGGGAUCCAAUCUAUUUUCAUUUGACUAAGUGGGUCAUAAAGGGAGAAAUCAAAAUCAGUGAGAAACUCCUCAUUGUGCACUUCAAGCUGCUAUUACACUUUGGAAACAUCAGCAGUACUUAAAACUUUAUCUUCACUCAUUCCCACGCUGCAGUUGAAGAAAAGCUGAACCAAUAGUUCAGAGUGCUUUGGUGGAGAUGCAUCUUCACUGAAGUUUUUCCAUCUUUCUCGGUACUGAAUGUGGCUGUAGAAAAUAUAGUAACUUAAGAAAAAACAGGGUAGUGGAAGCUCCAAUAACUCUUGGUAAAUGCACCAAAUAAGAGAAUGGGAGACAAACCUUUUUAACUUAUUAAUGAAUGGCCCUUUACGUUUGUUUUGUUUCUACUUUAUGACUGCUUUUGACGUGUGAUGUCUCCAUAUUUAUGUUUUAGAAAGUGAAAUGGACAUGAUUCAUCAGAGCGCAUGUGCAGGAAUGCAAUAUGAAAUGGAGAUCAUUUGAAUGGUUUUAGAUGUUUCCUGCUGUGGUGCCCGGUUGUAUCCAAGAGCCAGGUCCAGGAAUGCGGAGACCUGUGGUCAGUUGACAAAAGACAGUUGGGAUGCUAUUAUUAGUGCCACCAUGCAUAUAUACUUAUUGCAGUUUGUGAUUUCAAAUCAGCUUUGGUUUCUCAUCUUUUAUGCUGCAGCUCAUGUUGCUUAUGGGAAUUUUAAAGACUCCUGCAAGUGACUGUGUGAACUCUGAAUGUGUUUAUAACCUACUGCGAUAACAUCAAUAAAGAUCUAUUAUUGUAGGA